AUGAGUUCAGUAUCUCCCUCAGAUAGCGAUCUCUGGCAGUCAGGAUCGUGCAUUUCAUCGAUCUGGCUGCCCACAGGCUCGGAAUGCACUCCGUCAUCAAUGAUUUGUACCGGCAGUUCCAAAGAUCUUCAGGUUCGACCUUCUAAGAGGCGGUCGAGAGGUGGAUGUCAGUCGUGUCGUCUGCGUAGACAGAAAUGCGACGAGUCGAAGCCCUCGUGUCUGCGGUGUGUUUCUCGAGGCCUCAAAUGUACAUAUAAAGUGUCACUUUCGUUUAGAGACGAAUAUGAGAAAAAUGGAAAGUCUUUUGGAAGAGAGGGUGUGUGGACCAAGCAGGGAACACAAGGCAACGGGUCCAGUGGCCCUAGCAACCUCAUGAAAAAGCUCCAGGGUGUGAAGUUUCAGGAAAUCCGAAAUGUUCAAGCGUUGAACUUCAUCAACUAUAAGUUGGGUGUCUUCAAUAGAACUCUACGACCUUCCUACCGUUUUCCCACCAUCCAGAUCCCAGAAUCGCUUCUUGCUGAUCUGUCAGAUACCGCAUUUGCAUUGAACUACUACUUGGACUUUAUAUCGCCCAUUUUAAAUCCCGUAGGGUUUGCAUCUCGAAAUUCGAAGUUACGACUCGAAAAUGCAGUGGUGGAGCUAGAGCCAGGACUAGAUAUCUCCGAUAUGAUCCAGUACUCGCAGCAACAUACCCACGUAUUCCAGAUGAUGUUGGCUCUUGGGGCCAUGUACUUGUCAAAGUUGGACAACAGCUCGUAUGACUGGCUUUCAAAAUCUAGAGAGUUCAGGCGAGAGGGUUUAAAGAGCAUAGAAACCGUCUUUGGCGCAAAUACUGGACCCGAAGCAAGAUAUACGACUGACCAGCUACUCUCACUCGUUCUUCUCAUGUUUUACGAGUUGGCCGAGGAUGAUAACGAGAAUUGGGCGGAUUAUCUCCAUGCAUCUGGACGUUUAUUCUUUUCGCCAUCGUUUGCAACGCCACAAAGUGAUGUUGAGAGGACACUUUUGAAGUUUUCCUUAGAGCUUCUCAAUUACCAGGAGACCAUGGGUCGCACAGCAUGUAAGGCGAGAAGCAACUUCUUCAUUUCUCCUGAUGAUGAUGGAUCCUACUUAACACCUAGUGAACAAACGAAUGACCAGUUGAUUCAUGUAUCAUGGAUGGGCUGUGAUAAAGACCUUAUCUUCAUCAUCUCCGAUAUUACCGAACUAACAUUCGAGAGAAAUUCAAGUAUUUCGGAGCAAGCGUAUCUCACUAAAUGUCACAGUUUGCGUCACAAACUCGACUCAAUGGAACUUUCAGGUUUGUCUGCUGAGAUGGAAGAGCAGUUGGCAGGAAACGGAGACAUGGCGACUUUUGAGCCAAUCAAAAUCACCGUUGUGGAUGUCGGUUCCAAUGUCGAGGUGGUAUGCUACCUUUUGGCUUGUGAGGCGAAGAGAAUCGCUACAGUUAUCUACCUUGAGUGUAGCUUGCUCAACAAAACACCUAAGGACGCCGAGAUUCAGUCGCUAGUGAUGAGAGUGUACCGUAUUCUUGAGUUCGUGGUGAUGCAGCACUCGUUCAAGUGGUUCUCGACUCUCCUUUGGACCAUUUUCGUUGCAAGCUCUGAAAUUGCUCCGGAGCACGUCACAUCGGAAGAACUUCGCUAUUUGACACUUUCAAUUCUCAAGCGAAUCGAGAGUCGCAGCUUGGGUAAUGUGGCCAUGACCAUUGACCUUGUUGUGGGCAUAUGGAAGAACCGAGAUCUUGCGGAAGGUGGAGUCGUGAAGAAGACUCAUAAUAGUAUAAUCGGCUUUAAGAAUGACUGGGAUGUGUAUGUUGCAGACGAAUCCUAUAGGGUGUCCCUAGCUUAA